AUUGAUUUUAUCAAACUUCACGUUUUCAAAAUGGCUGCGGCACAUUUUAUCCCACCUCAAAUUCAAGAUAAUCCUAAUGGAUGGGGACCAAAUCAAAUUCCAGAACAGUUUAAAGAUAUGCCCUAUCAGCCCUUUUCCAAGGAUGUUAGAUUAGGAAAGGUGUCUGAUUGGACCGGCAGCACUUAUCAAGAUAAACGUUAUCUAGGGAAGUAUAACUCAGCCUUUGGAGGGGGAAGCCAAUAUGCCUAUUAUCAUGAGGAAGAUGAAAGUACUUUUCAACUUGUGGACACUUCAAGAGUCCAAAAACCAGUGUAUCAGAGACGAGGGAAACUGUUUCAACAGAAUCGACAGCGCCGAGAUAGAGAACGCCGACAACAGCAGACACAAGCUAACAUGCAAGUUCUCACAAAGACACAAAAGAACCGUGAACGUGAUCGUCAGCGUUUACUUAAAAAGUGGCAGAAACAAUUUGGUAAACAAAUGCAGGAGAAUAGAAGUAAAAUGCCAAUUCGUAAUCGAGACGCCUCAGUUCAGAUUAAAGAUGACUGGGUUGUGGUAGAAGAGAUGGACUUCCCACGUUUGUCUAAACUGAAUCUUCCAGAUAUAAAAGAAAGCGAAGAUUUGGUAACGUGUGGCUCAAUGGAAUUUUAUGACAAGUCAUAUGAUCGAGUCACAACCAAGAAUGAGAAGCGUUUGAAACGUAUCAAUCGCAUUUUCCAUAAAGUUACUACUACUGAUGAUCCAAUCAUUCGACAGCUUGCCAAAACCCAGGGCAAUGUUUUUGCUACGGAUGCUAUCCUAGCCACCAUGAUGUGCUGUCCACGUUCUUCCUAUUCAUGGGAUGUUGUGGUACAGAGGGUGGGCAACAAAUUGUUCUUUGAUAAACGUGAUGACUCUGACUUUGAUUUGCUGACUGUGAGUGAGACAGCCACAGAACCACCCCAAGAAGAUGGCAGUGCCAGCAUCAAUUCUCCACGCAGUCUGGCUCUGGAGGCAACUUUCAUUAAUCACAAUUUCUCACAGCAAGUCUUAAGAAUGAAUGAAGAAAAAUACAGUUUUGAAAAGCCAAAUCCAUUUGUUCAAGGAGAAGAUGACACAGAAGUAGCUUCAGUUGGCUACAGGUAUAGAAAGUGGGAUCUUGGCAAUGAGAUUGUUUUGAUAGCUAGAACUGAGCAUGAUGCUGUAACUUAUGGUCCAAACAAUGAGAUUCAGUUUAUGAACAUCAAGGCUUUAAAUGAGUGGGACUCAAGGUUUUCUGGUGGUGUUGAUUGGCGAAGCCGUUUAGAUACACAACGUGGUGCUGUCUUAGCCACAGAGUUGAAAAACAACAGCUGUAAACUAGCUAAGUGGACAGUUAGUGCUCUCUUAGCUGGAUCUGACCAAAUAAAAUUUGGCUAUGUGUCUAGGUUGCACCAGAAAGAUACUGCCAAGCACGUGUUACUUGGUACUCAGCAGUUCAAGCCUGUAGAGUUUGCUAGUCAAAUCAAUUUGAACAUGGACAAUGCUUGGGGAAUUCUCAGGUGUAUAGUGGACACUUGUAUGAAACUGAAGGAAGGAAAAUAUCUUAUCAUGAAAGAUCCAAAUAAGCCUGUUGUGAGAAUUUAUGACAUCCCAGAUCACACAUUUGAAUCUGAUGAAGAUGAUGAUGAGGAGGACUCAGAUGAUGAUGAUGAUUCGGAUGAUGAUGAUGAUUCCUCUACUGAUGAUGAAGGGGAGAAGUAAAGAGUGAACUGAUUGUCUGUUUCCUUUCUUAACAUGGUUUGGCCAUCCUUUUUUUGUUGUUUUUAUUGAGAGAGUGUCAGUGUCAUGCCUGAUGCAGUUGUAAGCCUAGACCUCAAAAACAUUUCUUUGUAUAUUUAAUACUAUGUCUAUUAGUUGUAAACAUUAUUGCAUUAAAAAAUGAAGUCUCUGAAUACACAAUUUUUAGUCGGAAAGCAAACAUUUGAAGGAAAUGCUUUUUUUUUGUGAUUGAAUAAACAAUAUGACAUUGUUAA